AGGAAACAACGUUCGAAGCUGGAGUUAAAGUCCAGAUCCACAGCCAGUCCGAGCCACCCUUCGUCCAGGAGCUGGGGUUUGGGGUGGCCCCUGGAUUUCAGACCUUUGUGGCCACCCAAGAGCAAAGGCUGACGUACCUGCCUCCGCCGUGGGGUGAAUGUCGCUCGUCGGAUAUGGGCUUAGACUUCUUUCCCGUUUACAGUAUCACGGCUUGCAGGAUCGACUGCGAGACCCGGUAUAUUGUGGAAAACUGCAACUGCAAAAUGGUUCACAUGCCAGGGGAUGCUCCCUUCUGUACCCCGGAGCAGUAUAAGGAAUGCGCAGAGCCUGCGCUCGGUUUGCUUGCCGAAAAGGACAGCAAUUACUGCAUCUGCAGGACACCCUGUAACCUGACCAGGUAUAACAAAGAGCUCUCCAUGGUCAAGAUCCCCAGCAAGACCUCAGCCAAGUACCUGGAGAAGAAGUUCAACAAGUCGGAAAAAUAUAUCUCAGAGAAUAUUCUUGUGCUGGACAUAUUUUUUGAAGCACUCAACUAUGAGACAAUUGAGCAGAAGAAAGCCUAUGAAGUGGCAGCCUUACUUGGUGACAUUGGAGGCCAGAUGGGGCUGUUUAUCGGUGCUAGCAUCCUCACUAUACUGGAGCUCUUCGAUUAUAUAUAUGAGCUCAUCAAGGAAAAAUUAUUAGACCUACUUGGGAAGGAGGAAGAGGAGGGGAGCCAUGAUGAAAACGUGAGCACUUGCGACCCCAUGCCAAAUCAUUCGGAAACCAUCAGCCACACUGUGAACGUGCCGCUGCAGGCCACCCUGGGAACGCUGGAGGAGAUCGCCUGCUGACACCGUCCGACCGCUCCACAGUGCCAACACCUAAGGAAGGAAAACUGCACAGGAAAGCAGGGACCGAGCUCAGGUUUGCAACGGGGGAAAAAAAAAAUAAAUAAAAAAUAUAUUAAAAAAAAAAAAAGGAAGAAAAUCGCUAUGCAUUAAAAAAAAAUAAAUAUAUAUAUUAUAUAUAUACUCUGCCAAAACCAAGCGAGAGGCGCCUUGGACUUGACUUGUGUUGUCCUUUCCUGUGGGGGGGUUGUCUUCAAGAUGUGAAGGCAGCAGCUCAUUUUUGAACUGUACAAAACAAAGAGACCACCACCACCAAAACCAAAUCCGAAGCCCCGCCAUUUCACAUUCUGCCAAAUGUAUAAAGCACUUGCAUGCCAGUUCUUUUUAUGGCAAUAUAUUCCUAUCUGUCUUUAUAAGCUCUGUUCCUC